AUGACAGAAUUGUACAUUUCAAAGACUCCCGCGGCCCGGCUGAAGGAUGCCAGCACGUUAGAGACGUGUGGCCCUACAGUGGUCAUCAUCUGCUUUAGGGGGUACUUCCUGUGUCCCCGCCCGCUUCGAGCCCUGUGCAAGGGUAGCCCGCUCCGUUCUCCAGGAGUCUGGGUGGUGAGAUUCCCUGUGCAUCUGACAGCCAGCAGUGAGUUAGGAAGCCAGGGCAGCAGGGCAGCUGCGGGCAAUACCAUCAUCGCAGUGAUAAAGGUGGAGCCGGGCCAGCCAGGGGCCUGGGAGAAGAGCAAGCUGGAGUUCCAGCUCUCCUUCUGCAACUAUUCCACGACACAGACGAGACCAGGGAUGGCGACCGCCAAGGACCUGAAGGGAUAUUACCAUUCUCGUUGUACCAAGGAGGCUCUUAAAGCCAAUAGAAAACAUUAUUUGUGUCAACUCCAGGCCCAGCACAGCCCCCUCAACACCGCCUUGUCCCCGAAGGUCAAUCCUCGUGGCAGCCUGGUGACCAUGUUGACGAGGAAGAAGAUCAUGGUGAUGAUGAUGGUGAUGGUGGUGAUGGUGCUGAUGAUCCUGGUCAUCUACAGUUUACAGACAAGGAAACUGGAACUGAGUUUGGGCGAUUUGAGAAGAUCCUUCUUCAGAAGGCAGGUGGCAGUGAUGCAUUUCGAGUUUGAGUUCCUUGCAGACAAAGUAAGCAUACUGUCCACCUUCCUGGCUCCCUUCAAGCACCUCAGCCCGGGCACCACGCACACGGAGGAUGAAGACAAUCUCAGUACCAGCAGCGCCGAGGUGAAGGAGAACCGCAACGUGAGCAACCUGGCCCCGAGGGCGGCGUCGGGGGCGUCGGGGGCGGCGGCGGCGGCCGGGGCGGCGGCGGCGGCGGCGUCGGGGGAGCGGGCCCGGAAGCGGAAGCGGCCGCUGGAGGAGGGGAACCCCGGGGGCCGCCUGUGCCAGCUGCAGCUGCUGUGGCGGAAGCUGUCGUGGCCGGCGACCCCCAAGAACGCGCUGGUGCAGCUGCACGAGCUGAGGCCGGGGCUGCAGUACCGCCUGGCGUCGCAGACGGGCCCGGUGCACGCGCCCGUGUUCGCCGUGGCCGUGGAGGUGAACGGGCUCACCUUCGAGGGCACGGGCCCCACCAAGAAGAAGGCCAAGAUGCGCGCGGCCGAGCUGGCGCUCAAGUCCUUCGUGCAGCUCCCGCACGCGGGCCCGGGCCCCGGCGGCGCCUGCGCGGACUUCACCUCCGACCAGGCCGCCGACUUCCCGGACACGCUCUUCAAGGAGUUCGAGCCCCGUCGGGGGGCGGGGGCGCACGGCGAGGCCCCCCUGCCCGCCCUGCCCGGCCUGCGGCCCGGGGACCGCCUGCGGGGCCGCCGCCGCACGCUCGAGCCCGUGCGCCCCCCCGCGGGGCCCGGCGCCGCCCCCGCCCCCGCCGCCGCCCCCCCGGGCGACCGGAACCCCGUGGUGGUGCUCAACGAGCUGCGCGCGGGCCUGCGCUACGUGUGCCUGUCCGAGACCACGGCCGGGAAGCCGCCCCGCGCCAAGAGCUUCGUGAUGGCCGUGUGCGUGGACGGCCGGACGUUCGAGGGCUCCGGGCGCAGCAAGAAGCUCGCCAAGGGCCAGGCCGCGCGCGCCGCCCUGCAGGCCCUCUUCGACGUGCGGCUGCCCGGCCACGCGCCCGGCCGGGGCAAGAGCAACCUGUUGCCGCAGGAAUUUGCUGACUCGGUGUUCCAGCUGGUCACACAGAAGUUCCGUGAGCUGACCGUCGGCCUGACGUCUGUGCACGCCCGCCACAAAUCACUGGCAGGGAUUGUCAUGACCAAAGGUCUGGACACCAGGCAGGCGCAGGUGAUCGUGCUGUCCUCGGGCACCAAGUGCAUCAACGGGGAGCACAUCAGCGACCAGGGGCUGGUGGUCAACGACUGCCAUGCGGAGAUCCUGGCCAGGAGAGCGUUUCUCCACUUCCUGUACGCACAGCUGGAGCUGCACCUCAGCAAGCGGCGCGAGGACUCGGAACGGUCGAUCUUCGUGCGCUUGAAGGAAGGAGGCUACCGGCUGCGCGAGAACAUCCUCUUCCACCUCUACGUGAGCACGUCCCCCUGUGGAGACGCCAGACUCAACUCCCCCUACGAGAUCACCACUGACCUGAACAGCACCAAACACAUCGUCAGGAAGUUCCGCGGGCACCUGCGCACCAAGAUCGAGACCGGGGAGGGCACGGUGCCGGUGCGGGCCCCCAGCGCGGUGCAGACGUGGGACGGCAUCCUGCUGGGAGAGCAGCUGGUCACCAUGUCCUGCACGGACAAGAUCGCCAGGUGGAAUGUCCUGGGGCUCCAGGGCGCCCUCCUCUGUCACUUCAUCGAGCCCGUGUACCUGCACAGCAUCGUGGUGGGCAGCCUGCUCCACACCGGCCACCUGUCCCGCGUCAUGAGCCACAGGAUGGAGGACAUUGGCCAGCUGCCCUCCUCCUACCGGCACAACCGGCCCCUCCUGAGCGGAGUGAGCCACGCCGAGGCGCUCCAGCCCGGAAAGUCUCCCCACUUCAGCGUGAACUGGGUGGUGGGCAACGCCGACCUGGAGGUCAUCAACGCCACCACCGGGAGGAGGAGCUGCGGGGGCUCCUCCCGGCUCUGCAAGCACGUGUUCUCCGCCCGCUGGGCGCGGCUGUAUGGUAGGCUGAACACGCGGGUCCCAAGCCGUGGAGACACUCCAUCCAUGUACUGCGAGGCCAAGCUGGGGGCUCGCACCUACCAGUCGGUGAAACAGCAGCUGUUUAAGGCCUUUCAGAAAGCCGGGCUAGGCACCUGGGUGAGAAAACCCCCAGAGCAAGACCAGUUCCUGCUAACUCUCUAA